AAUAGGUAUAUUUUAAUUAAAAACAAAUAAAACUACCUUAUUACCUUCACCCUCCCAAUCCAUCUUCUUCCCCUUCUUUCUUUCUCCUUCUUUCUUUCUUUCCUACCCUGGGAUAGGCUGGGUUCCGUCGAACCUAGCUGCUGGGUUCGUCGACCAGCCAAGGCUAGGUUCCUUGCUAGGCAUUUGGUCUUUGGUUCUAGAACCGUGGUAUGAGUGCUUGAUCUGCCUUUACUAUUUAGCCUAUUGAAAUUUGGAGAAACGGAUCCCCAUGUCAGGAACUGUAUCUUUCAACCCAGCAUUAGAUGCUGUUGUCUCUGGGGACAACAGAGCGGUGUCUUUUAGGAGGAGAACAAUGAAUUCCUCCAGUAAAUCCAGGUAUUCUUUGAAUAGAAGAGGUAGGAGAAGCAGUAAAGUGAUGUCUCUGGAAAUAGAAGAUGAGCAUGAUGAUGAGGAGGUGCAGGUUGUUGAGGCAUUGCGUCAGGCACUUAUAUCAGAGGAACUAUUGCCAGAAAAGCAUGAUGAUUACCAUAUGUUGCUCAGAUUUUUGAGGGCUAGAAAAUUUGAGAUUGAGAAAACAAAACAAAUGUGGUCUGACAUGCUCCAGUGGAGGAAAGAAUUUGGUGCUGACACAAUAAUGGAGGACUUUGACUUCAAGGAAUAUGAUGAAGUUGUGAAGUACUAUCCCCAUGGGCACCAUGGAGUAGAUAAAGAAGGGCGACCUGUUUACAUUGAGAGGCUAGGUGGAGUAGAUUCCACAAAGCUCAUGCAAGUAACAACCAUGGACCGUUUUAUCAGAUACCAUGUAAAGGAGUUUGAGAGGACCUUUUCUGAUAAGUUUCCAGCUUGUUCAAUUGCAGCAAGGAGGCAAAUUGAUCAAAGUACAACCAUCUUGGAUGUGCAAGGAGUGGGUCUUAAAAACUUUAACAAAGCUGCAAGGGAACUUAUAACUUGUCUUCAGAAGAUUGAUGGUGAUAAUUAUCCUGAGACUUUGAACCGCAUGUUCAUCAUCAAUGCAGGUUCCGGAUUUAGAAUGUUGUGGAACACUGUUAAGAGUUUCCUUGAUCCCAAGACCACAGCCAAGAUCCAUGUGCUUAGCAAUAAGUUCCAGCCCAAGUUGCUCGAAAUAAUUGAUGCUAGUGAGUUACCAGACUUUUUGGGAGGUACCUGUACUUGUGCUGAGCAUGGAGGCUGCAUGCUUUCUGAUAAGGGCCCAUGGAAGGACCUAGAGAUCAUGAAGAUGGUUAGAAAUGGCCAACAUAAAUGUUCCAAGAGAUUGCAGACUGAAAGCGCUGAAGAGAAGACAAUUUCUGAGGCUGAUGUUGUCUACUCAAAGCCCACUGAGGCUUGUGACUCUCCUGACAUUGUAAUUCCAGCAGUAGAAAUCCUGCGAUCUAUCUCCUCUAAACUUUCAAGGAAACAUAUAGAGCAUCCAGGAUUGUCCCCUGUUCAUGAAAACAAUCCAUUUCGCCAAGUUAGCCGUAAGUCCAUGAAAUAUGAUAUGGUCCCGGUGGUUGAUAAAAACAUGAAUUCAGCUUGGCGGAAGGUGCUAGAGAAUCACCAACUUAACUUUCGAAAAGAUUGUAUUGCACUUCAAGGUAACAAGAUUCAUGAUGGGCUUAGCAAUAAUCUUCUGACUGGUGUUAUGACCUUUGUUAUGGGCAUUGUCACCAUGAUCCGAGUGACACGGAACAUGCCUAGGAAGCUCACUGAUGCCAACAUCUAUUCCAGCCCUCUUUACUGUGUUGAUGCAGAUAUUAAAGGCAAUAACCCAUCACCCAAAUCUCAACCUGGCAUUUCUAAGGAGGACUACAUGGCUGUCCUUAAACGUAUGGCCGAAUUAGAAGAGAAGUUGAGUGUUUUAAACACAAAACCUGCAGAAAUGCCACCUGAGAAGGAUGAACUUUUGAGUGCAGCAAUUAGCCGGGUUGAAACCUUGGAGCAAGAGCUUACGGCAACCAAGAAGGCCCUGGAAGAAUCAAUGUCCCAACAGCAGGAGCUGUUGGCUUAUAUUGAGAAGAAAAAGAAGAAGAAGAAGUUGGUAAGCGGCUUCUGGUGAAGUAAGAGAAGCAGGACACAGGCAGACUUUCCAGAUACUGAAACCGGUGCUAGGGUGAUUUUCUAUCUCCCAAGGCCAGCCAAAUGCCCCUUUAAUUUAAUAUUUCUUCAUUUCAUACUGUACAAAUGUAAAGUUUUUUUCCAGAUAUGUAAAUUGUAAUUCUUUUCUUUUUUACUGUUAACCACUUAUAGAUCUGUAUAUAAGAAUUUUAAAUCUUCAACCAUUCUUAGAGGGGUGGGAAGAAUUUCACAA